AUGGCGGACCCCAAUGGCACCGCGGCCGGCGACGCCUGGAGCCCUGCGGAGGGCGAUGAGGAGAGUCACUCGACUCGGCCUCGCAUUUGGGAGGCCCCACGAGGUCCCCCUCCUCCAAUACCUGUGAACGAGCCACAGGCUGACCGGGAGGCUCGCGAAAGCAGGGUUCGAAUCCAAGGUGCAGUAUCCAUGAGGGUCUCCGGCGCCAUCAUCCAGACGCUCAGCGAAGUGGGCUUCCAGAUGGACCUUGUCCUCACCGAUGUGGACCAAGGAGCCUUGGAAGGAGGAUGCCUGGGAGUACAUGUGUCCCGGCUUCCCCCUAGGGGAGAGGAUCACCCGUGGGCGGUGUGGAAUAUGGAUGAUGGAGAGACUGAAGGCGAUGCCGCCGCGGAGGAGGGCACCGUGGAUACCCUUGAGGAGACGGACGCGAUCGGCAGCUACGGGAUCCAACACCAGGAGCUCCAGACUGGGCUCGGUCGGAUCUUCGUACACUUCUUCCUGGUCACCCAGGGUGUCUACGAUGGCCUUGCCCUCGGCACCACCGGCUACACCUACGACCACGCCCAGCACCAUCGAAUAACGCGAGCCGCCUGGGAAACUGGAUGGCCCAUGGACUCUGAGUACGUGGCGACACUGGAUCUCAUUUCUUCAGACCACAUCCGCUACCACGUGGUGGAACCAGGCCGGCUGUUGCACGUACGGAAGAGAUGUUGCGACAACGUCGCCACGUGUGGCACCGCAUUGCUAGGUGGAUCGAGUCCAUCCCUCAACGAUGCACCUGCCUCCUUGCCGGUGAUUUUAAUUGCUCACUACUCCCGGAACCAGUUCUUUGCGGACAGGGUGUGGUUACCACACAUGGAGGACAUCCAGAUCAGGACAUAUGUCCCGCCGAAUGCCACACCUCAGCAGGGAUCCCAGAUUGACUACAUCCUUGUUCGUGGCACUACGCCGGACCCCAUUGCCAAGAAAGCGACCAUCCACUGGGCCCCGACAACAUCGGCUAGCCCCGCUCUCCGCGACGAGACUCAGAAAGGGGUGGAAGAUUGGAACUUUGAUGCUUUGUCCACACAUUAUGGACACAACGGGCUGCUCUUCGACAGGCGGGCCGACUGCUACAUACCUGGAGCAGAGCAGGCACACACCCGUGCCCUCCGGAAAGCCUGCCGUCACAAGAAAACGGAGAAGGUGGCCGAGGCUGUCCAAGCCACCAACAUCCAUCAAGCUGCCAAACGGUUUGCCCCAAAGACACCAAAACGCAGGAUCCAACUCCGCCGAGAAGAUGGUGGCUUACAGACCCACGAGGCUGAAUUCCGACAGAUUGUCCAGCACUUCACGUCACUGUACCAUGCUGCAGAUAUGGAACCUCCCCGGCUGUCAGCAGAUCUGUGCAUUGAAGGAGUGGAGAUUGACAAUGCCCUGUGCCGCCUGCAACCUGGUAAGGCCAUGCCGUCCUGCAAUGCUCCGGCUGCAUUGUGGAAACGUUUUCGGCAGGACCUGGUUCCAUUGUUGCAACGACAAUUUGCAUGGCACCUCCGGCCUGGCGUCAGCAACCUCCCCGAAGCCUGGACCCUAUGUGAACUGGCCAAGAUCCUGGCCUCGAUUGUGGCACAGCGACUCAAGGAGCCUGCCAAGGCAUACCUUGCUUCACUUCCACAGUUCGCCUAUGUGGUCAGAGGACUUGUGCAAGGCAACACCCGCAACAUUCACAACAAGCGUUCGGGCCGGACCAGCCUGAGCCUUUACGGCGGAUGUCAAUUGUCCUUAGAUCUGACGUCGGCAUAUGAUCUGGUCCAAUGGCCCUUGCUGAGGCUGGCCCUGAUCGAUGCCGCCAUCCCGGAACCACUUAUACAGCUCAUCAUGCUGGUUCACCACUCAGCGAAAUUGGCCCUGCAACACUGUGGGUUAAAGCAAACGGUCUCCCUUAAAAGAGGGCUGCGACAAGGUUGCAGCUUGUCGCCCACGUUGUGGGCUAUCUUUUCGGGUUGGCUGCUUAAGCGGAUGCAUGACCCUCAGCUCUUGAAUGUCCAUGAGACAAAUACAAGCUACGCAGACGACCAGCACUACCGAUGGACCAUUCGCGAAGGCAAAGACCUCGAGGUUGCCUAUGCUGGAAUGAAACAUGUCCUGGCCUGCCUCCUCAAUGCUGGUAUGCUCAUCAGUCAGGAUAAAACUGUAGUAAUUCUGGAGCUGCAGGGUGCCCAAGCCGCCAGAGCUUUGGCCCGAUAUACCGUCGAGCGGCCCCAAGGCAAGUGCUUCCGUUUUGUCAUUGCUGAUCAAACUCUGUACCUCAAGAUUGUGCCUAAGCAUGUGUACUUGGGUGCGGUGGUCGGCUUUCGACACUUUGAACAGGACACCUUCAAGCACAGAUUAUCUUUGGCAAGAUGCACCUUUUCCAGGCUGGGGGUGAUACUUCGCAACCGUGGAGUGCCCCUACGACUUCGUCUGCAACUUUGGCAGGGAUGCGUAUGGCCGGCUCUCUUCCACGCCCUGGACUGCACGGGCCUCCCUCAGAAGGAGCUCCAAACUCUACAGACACAGCUCAUCAAGCAGGCCCGAGCUAUUGCCAAAUCUCACAGCAUGCUGACAAAGGAGACCAACCAGGCCUUCAUUCGGCGACUCCGUCUCCCGGACCCAGUGCAGCGGCUUCAGAACGCCCUUAUGCAGCGUGUGACCCUGGAUGAAACCCUCUCCCCGGUCCUGGCCCCUGGCCCAGGUCAACUGCAGUGGCGGACCAUUGUGAGAGGGCAUCUCUUUGAUGGACGGAAUGAGUGGGCACUACCUGACACAAUUGCCUCCGCCCCAACUACUACCCCCGCGGCCCGACUUGAAGAGGUUCAGGAAGUACUCUCCGAGAUCUUCAAGUGUGACGAUUGUGGACAGGAGUUUGCCACUCAAGCUGCUCUCCGCCGGCAUGUGUUUCUAACGCAUCUUAGUCAACAGCAACAACUGGAUAGGUCUGCGGAAGUCAAGGAGUCCAUUAAGGGCGCGGAAAUGGCUCAUGCUAGUGUCUUGCCAGAGAUCACGGAGGCCUUGAUCGCGCUUUGCACUGCCAUGUUCGACAACAUGCUGAUGCGGCCCGAGCAGGCCAUCCCCUCGGAACUGACGGCAGCCACCCACGAGCUGAGCCUUCUACGAAACCUUGUGAGCCAGCAAGCAGGGAUGGGGGCAAUGGGGCCUCAGGGGUCUCAGGAGCGAAGGCCAAUGGAGUGGCACAUGGAGACCGACCCGGAGGACAAGGACAUGCCCAGCCGGCGGGACAAGCCGGAGGGACGUCAGCCCAAGUGGCACAAGCCCGACCAAAAGGGCGGCCAAAAGGGCGGCCAAAAAGGAAAGGGCAGGAACUCCCAGUUCGGCCCAGCCUCACGCUCCAACAGCUCCUGGAAAAACAACGGCAAUCCUCAGGCGUCAUCGGGCAACCGCUGGUGGCAGACGGACGGGGACAAGAUGGAGUUGUCGCGGGCGGAGCUCCAGGAGAUCAAGAAUGUCCUGAAUAUGGUCUCCACCCUCGUGAUCCGCCAGGAGGUGCAGCAGAACAUCCAGAGGCAGGACACCGGGUUCAUGGUGUUUGUCCAGACUCAGGUGCCGGACAACCUGGCCCAGUCGAUGUACCAGAUCGGCAAGACGUGGCACGACACCAAGCGGGACAAUCCCACUGCCCUGCGACAUCCCAUGCGGGUCACGCUAUACCAGCACUUCGUCCAGACAAUCAAGGAACGGUUCCAGGCGAUGAUGCGGACACCCUCCUCACGAUCCAAGGCCGAGAGCCUGGGAUGGGUAUCCAGCUGCGGCCGGAAAGUCCACGGCCUCAAGUGGGAUACCACGCAGCAGGCACAUGUCCAGGACGAGACCAUCGCGAGCAUGGAUGUCGUGGAGAUCGAGGAGGCAUUGGACGAACUCCUGACGUGUGCCCCCCAACAGCUUGUCAUCCAGCGGUUCCAUGCCACCCGCCAAUUGGCGGCGGAAUAUCAGUCACCGGUGAUCACCAUGUUCCUGGAGGUGGGGAUGCGGAGGAUGUUUCCUGAGGCACGAGCGCCUACAGAUGAGUGCUUUGGCAAAACGCCUCUCCACAUUGACACAGUGAAGAGUGUCCAGCUGGGGAAUAAGCAUUGCUUCUGCUAUGCGAAUGCGCUGAUGAUGAGCCUGCUUUAUCUUGAUUGCAGCAUGGAGGGACAAUCACUCUUCAGUGGGGAUGCUGCACGAGUGGUUGGCGCCAUCCUUCAAUCUGCAGGACAAAUCUUCCACCUGUGGGAGCAAGGGGAGUGGCUUUCCAUGAUGAAAGGGUGGGCACAACCUACCCGACAACACGAUGUGGCGGAGUUCCUCGCCUUUCUGACCAAGUGUCCGUUCUUCAAUUUUGAUAAAGUAGCACUUUCCUGGCAAGCCAGAUCUGCGGCUGCGGCGGGCAAUCACCUUAUUCAGGAUCUUGGAUACUCUAUUCCCUUAACUCUUGUGCCUCCUUGUGAUGUUGGUCUUGAUAGUGGGGCAAUCAUUUUGCAGGUUAGCCGUUUUCACUACGACAGCCAAUCGGGAAGGCCUCUGAAGCGCGCUGCAUGGGGCAUUGAUGGGAACGGGACAUCUGAUCCCAGCUUUCUGUGCCAUGCAUGGACCAGCAUCUCGGCGACGAGCUUCGUUAUUCCGGCUCGCUUCCACUUCAGCUUCGACGAGAACUCCUACGGAUUCGAUGCCAGCGGUCUAUCGACGACAAAGUGGCCCACUCGAUUCGCUGGAUUGACAGGGCUCUUCGAGGUGCCAGGAAACUCGCUCAUGGCAGUUCGUUUUCAGAUCACUCCCCGCUUGACCGCGAAGUGGGCUCACAGUUCUUGGGAUUGGCUUCCGACAGGUCGACGGGCUGGCAUGGCGGACCCCAAUGGCACCGCGGCCGGCGACGCCUGGAGCCCUGCGGAGGGCGAUGAGGCUGACCGGGAGGCUCGCGAAAGCAGGGUUCGAAUCCAAGGUGCAGUAUCCAUGAGGGUCUCCGGCGCCAUCAUCCAGACGCUCAGCGAAGUGGGCUUCCAGAUGGACGUUGUCCUCACCGAUGUGGACCAAGGCGAUGCCGCCGCGGAGGAGGGCACCGUGGAUACCCUUGAGGAGACGGCGAUCGGCAGCUACGGGAUCCAACACCAGGAGCUCCAGACUGGGCUCGGUCGGAUCUUCGUACACUUCUUCCUGGUCACCCAGGGUGUCUACGAUGGCCUUGCCCUCGGCACCACCGGCUACACCUACGACCACGCCCAGCACCAUCGAAUAACGCGAGCCGCCUGGGAAACUGGAUGGCCCAUGGACUCUGAGUACGUGGCGACACUGGAUCUCAUUUCUUCAGACCACAUCCGCUACCACGUGGUGGAACCAGGCCGGCUGUUGCACGUACGGAAGAGAUGUUGCGACAACGUCGCCACGUGUGGCACCGCAUUGCUAGGUGGAUCGAGUCCAUCCCUCAACGAUGCACCUGCCUCCUUGCCGGUGAUUUUAAUUGCUCACUACUCCCGGAACCAGUUCUUUGCGGACAGGGUGUGGUUACCACACAUGGAGGACAUCCAGAUCAGGACAUAUGUCCCGCCGAAUGCCACACCUCAGCAGGGAUCCCAGAUUGACUACAUCCUUGUUCGUGGCACUACGCCGGACCCCAUUGCCAAGAAAGCGACCAUCCACUGGGCCCCGACAACAUCGGCUAGCCCCGCUCUCCGCGACGAGACUCAGAAAGGGGUGGAAGAUUGGAACUUUGAUGCUUUGUCCACACAUUAUGGACACAACGGGCUGCUCUUCGACAGGCGGGCCGACUGCUACAUACCUGGAGCAGAGCAGGCACACACCCGUGCCCUCCGGAAAGCCUGCCGUCACAAGAAAACGGAGAAGGUGGCCGAGGCUGUCCAAGCCACCAACAUCCAUCAAGCUGCCAAACGGUUUGCCCCAAAGACACCAAAACGCAGGAUCCAACUCCGCCGAGAAGAUGGUGGCUUACAGACCCACGAGGCUGAAUUCCGACAGAUUGUCCAGCACUUCACGUCACUGUACCAUGCUGCAGAUAUGGAACCUCCCCGGCUGUCAGCAGAUCUGUGCAUUGAAGGAGUGGAGAUUGACAAUGCCCUGUGCCGCCUGCAACCUGGUAAGGCCAUGCCGUCCUGCAAUGCUCCGGCUGCAUUGUGGAAACGUUUUCGGCAGGACCUGGUUCCAUUGUUGCAACGACAAUUUGCAUGGCACCUCCGGCCUGGCGUCAGCAACCUCCCCGAAGCCUGGACCCUAUGUGAACUGGCCAAGAUCCUGGCCUCGAUUGUGGCACAGCGACUCAAGGAGCCUGCCAAGGCAUACCUUGCUUCACUUCCACAGUUCGCCUAUGUGGUCAGAGGACUUGUGCAAGGCAACACCCGCAACAUUCACAACAAGCGUUCGGGCCGGACCAGCCUGAGCCUUUACGGCGGAUGUCAAUUGUCCUUAGAUCUGACGUCGGCAUAUGAUCUGGUCCAAUGGCCCUUGCUGAGGCUGGCCCUGAUCGAUGCCGCCAUCCCGGAACCACUUAUACAGCUCAUCAUGCUGGUUCACCACUCAGCGAAAUUGGCCCUGCAACACUGUGGGUUAAAGCAAACGGUCUCCCUUAAAAGAGGGCUGCGACAAGGUUGCAGCUUGUCGCCCACGUUGUGGGCUAUCUUUUCGGGUUGGCUGCUUAAGCGGAUGCAUGACCCUCAGCUCUUGAAUGUCCAUGAGACAAAUACAAGCUACGCAGACGACCAGCACUACCGAUGGACCAUUCGCGAAGGCAAAGACCUCGAGGUUGCCUAUGCUGGAAUGAAACAUGUCCUGGCCUGCCUCCUCAAUGCUGGUAUGCUCAUCAGUCAGGAUAAAACUGUAGUAAUUCUGGAGCUGCAGGGUGCCCAAGCCGCCAGAGCUUUGGCCCGAUAUACCGUCGAGCGGCCCCAAGGCAAGUGCUUCCGUUUUGUCAUUGCUGAUCAAACUCUGUACCUCAAGAUUGUGCCUAAGCAUGUGUACUUGGGUGCGGUGGUCGGCUUUCGACACUUUGAACAGGACACCUUCAAGCACAGAUUAUCUUUGGCAAGAUGCACCUUUUCCAGGCUGGGGGUGAUACUUCGCAACCGUGGAGUGCCCCUACGACUUCGUCUGCAACUUUGGCAGGGAUGCGUAUGGCCGGCUCUCUUCCACGCCCUGGACUGCACGGGCCUCCCUCAGAAGGAGCUCCAAACUCUACAGACACAGCUCAUCAAGCAGGCCCGAGCUAUUGCCAAAUCUCACAGCAUGCUGACAAAGGAGACCAACCAGGCCUUCAUUCGGCGACUCCGUCUCCCGGACCCAGUGCAGCGGCUUCAGAACGCCCUUAUGCAGCGUGUGACCCUGGAUGAAACCCUCUCCCCGGUCCUGGCCCCUGGCCCAGGUCAACUGCAGUGGCGGACCAUUGUGAGAGGGCAUCUCUUUGAUGGACGGAAUGAGUGGGCACUACCUGACACAAUUGCCUCCGCCCCAACUACUACCCCCGCGGCCCGACUUGAAGAGGUUCAGGAAGUACUCUCCGAGAUCUUCAAGUGUGACGAUUGUGGACAGGAGUUUGCCACUCAAGCUGCUCUCCGCCGGCAUGUGUUUCUAACGCAUCUUAGUCAACAGCAACAACUGGAUAGGUCUGCGGAAGUCAAGGAGUCCAUUAAGGGCGCGGAAAUGGCUCAUGCUAGUGUCUUGCCAGAGAUCACGGAGGCCUUGAUCGCGCUUUGCACUGCCAUGUUCGACAACAUGCUGAUGCGGCCCGAGCAGGCCAUCCCCUCGGAACUGACGGCAGCCACCCACGAGCUGAGCCUUCUACGAAACCUUGUGAGCCAGCAAGCAGGGAUGGGGGCAAUGGGGCCUCAGGGGUCUCAGGAGCGAAGGCCAAUGGAGUGGCACAUGGAGACCGACCCGGAGGACAAGGACAUGCCCAGCCGGCGGGACAAGCCGGAGGGACGUCAGCCCAAGUGGCACAAGCCCGACCAAAAGGGCGGCCAAAAGGGCGGCCAAAAAGGAAAGGGCAGGAACUCCCAGUUCGGCCCAGCCUCACGCUCCAACAGCUCCUGGAAAAAAAACGGCAAUCCUCAGGCGUCAUCGGGCAACCGCUGGUGGCAGACGGACGGGGACAAGAUGGAGUUGUCGCGGGCGGAGCUCCAGGAGAUCAAGAAUGUCCUGAAUAUGGUCUCCACCCUCGUGAUCCGCCAGGAGGUGCAGCAGAACAUCCAGAGGCAGGACACCGGGUUCAUGGUGUUUGUCCAGACUCAGGUGCCGGACAACCUGGCCCAGUCGAUGUACCAGAUCGGCAAGACGUGGCACGACACCAAGCGGGACAAUCCCACUGCCCUGCGACAUCCCAUGCGGGUCACGCUAUACCAGCACUUCGUCCAGACAAUCAAGGAACGGUUCCAGGCGAUGAUGCGGACACCCUCCUCACGAUCCAAGGCCGAGAGCCUGGGAUGGGUAUCCAGCUGCGGCCGGAAAGUCCACGGCCUCAAGUGGGAUACCACGCAGCAGGCACAUGUCCAGGACGAGACCAUCGCGAGCAUGGAUGUCGUGGAGAUCGAGGAGGCAUUGGACGAACUCCUGACGUGUGCCCCCCAACAGCUUGUCAUCCAGCGGUUCCAUGCCACCCGCCAAUUGGCGGCGGAAUAUCAGUCACCGGUGAUCACCAUGUUCCUGGAGGUGGGGAUGCGGAGGAUGUUUCCUGAGGCACGAGCGCCUACAGAUGAGUGCUUUGGCAAAACGCCUCUCCACAUUGACACAGUGAAGAGUGUCCAGCUGGGGAAUAAGCAUUGCUUCUGCUAUGCGAAUGCGCUGAUGAUGAGCCUGCUUUAUCUUGAUUGCAGCAUGGAGGGACAAUCACUCUUCAGUGGGGAUGCUGCACGAGUGGUUGGCGCCAUCCUUCAAUCUGCAGGACAAAUCUUCCACCUGUGGGAGCAAGGGGAGUGGCUUUCCAUGAUGAAAGGGUGGGCACAACCUACCCGACAACACGAUGUGGCGGAGUUCCUCGCCUUUCUGACCAAGUUAGCCGUUUUCACUACGACAGCCAAUCGGGAAGGCCUCUGA